AUGGUCAUAUCCUAUCAACAACAGCAUCUAUCGAAUUUGUCUAUUAAUUUUACUUCAAUCUUUAUUACAAAACCUACAAUAUCUGUAAUUUUUCGAAAUCGAUUCGAAUCUAUAUCUGAUCAUGUGAAAGAAGAUGUCUAUAAUCAAUGUAGAACAAUCUUAGAAAGAAGUCAAUUAUUAGGAAUAUUACAACAUAAUAUUAGUAAUGGUCAAUAUUUCUUUCCUAAUCUAAUAACGACUUUACAAGAUGUUUAUCUAUUAAUACAUUAUCCAUCAUUAAGUAACGAAGAUAAUAAAUUCUAUUUACAAAUGACUUCAUCAUAUUUAAUUUCAAAAAAUUUACAAAAAUUAUCUAUUCAACAACAAAUGCGAACACGUAUAGUUAUUUUUCUUAGUGAAAACUAUACAAAUGUUAUGUACAAACGUUUAGAACUAUGGUUUAAAAGUAUCUAUGAACCAUAUACAAUAAUAACACAUAUUAUUCGUAUACAAGAUAGUAACCAAAUACCUUUCAAUUUAAUGAUAAAUUAUACGAAAUAUAAUGAAGAUAUUCAAUUAGAUACGAUUUUAUUUUUCCUUGAAAAUGAUUAUAUAAUUGAAACAGAUAUGUUAUCUGAUACAAUUGAAUUUUUUAUGAGUCAUAAUCCUUGUUUUGUUUAUCAACCAGAUUAUUCAGAUAAUUGUAGAUUAGAUAUUAAUAAUGAUAAUGAACAAAUUAAUAUAGUUUUAGGAAGAACUCGUCUAUGGCGUUCUAUUGUAUCAACUAGUUUUACAUAUGCAUGUCGUUGGAGAACAUUUUUAGCUUUUGAAGAUAUUAUUAUGCAUUCGAGCAAUAAUCGAAAAAUUAAUCAUGAUAUAAAAUUACGAGCUGGUAAUACAGUAUUUUUUUGUGUUACUCCUUCGUAUGGUGGUCGGUUAGAAACACUUCUCUUACCAAAUGAAAUUAAUAUAACAAUGGAUGAUGAUACAUCGGUAUAUUAUAAAGACUUAUGGUCUAUUGCACGUCAUGCAUUUAUUGAAGCACAAAAAUUAGAUUCAUUUCCAGUCAAAAAAAUGAAUGAACAAAUUUUAUUUUUUCAAUUAUAA